AUGUCAGCAAAUAGUCAGAAAAAGCUAGCCGCCAGAAAUAAAUCUAUAUUGUACCAAUUACGAUACAUUGCUGCAACCAUUAAUCUCAUCGCCAUCUUCGCAAUCUUUUACUUUGGCCGUCCAUCGAGUUCAUUCACCUACAUUUCGUUAUCAAUCCCUAGUUUCAUUCUCCAAUAUGUAUUAGAAUCAUCUGGAUUGCCCAAAAUUGGUCCCGAAGGAAAAGUGCUCGUAUCUGGAGCUGAUAUCUUGCAAAAAGGUUCGUUAUUUGAAUACUGUUUUGAUGUUAUUUACUUGACGUGGAUUUUAGAUGUAUUGAUGAUCGUUUUAGGAAGCAAUAAAGUAUGGUGGGGGUAUGCCAUGAUACCUGGAUAUGCCGUCUAUAAAAUCAGUGGAUUUGUGUUGCCAUUCUUCCGGAAAUCAGGUGGUAAUGGCCAACAAGGUGGUGUUGACAACGAUACUACAGGAGCGUCUACAAAGAAAGACAAUUCUGGAUUAAGUAAACGUCAACAGAAGAUGAAAGCCAGACAAGAAAAGGGUCCCGCUGUUAGAUAUAGGUAG